AUGUCCACUCACAAAGAAUCGCCGCUGUCUCAACGUUCCGCGGGCGUCGGAGUUGAACCCAGCGGCCUUUCGACGCGCGGCUGCCGGUGCAGACGUCGCUUCGAGGACUCACGCUGCUUCCUGCUCUCGAUGUGCAGCCUCACGUUCGUGCAGGCGCUCAUGGUGUCGGGUCUCCUCAACGGGGUCAUCACCACGGUGGAGAGGCGCUUCAAGUUGCGCAGCUCCGAGUCGGGCCUCGUGGUGAGUUGCUUCGACGUGGGCAGUCUCUCCGUCGUCGUCUUCGUGAGCUUCUUCGGCGGUCGAGGUCGCAGGCCGCGGUGGCUGGCCGCCGGCGGGCUGCUAGUGGCACUGGGAGCUGCAAUAUUUGCGCUGCCCCAUUUCUUGACCAAGGGUAGUUCGUCAUCGUCGUCGUCGUCGCCGUCGUCCACGAACUUGGGUGACCUCGCAGGAGACUCGGGGAUGCAGACUCCGUUGGAGUUGUGCGUGCCGACGACAUUGGCGGAGAGUCCCAACGAUUCCUCGCUCGGGGUCACCAAGGGACAGCCAGGCCUCGUCCACGCCCUCACCCCGCUGGCUACGGCCACCGGGGGAGGCGAGUACGCGUGCGGUGUCGGCCUCCAGGUGGAGGGGGUCGGCGGUGAGCGCACGAUUGCCAUGGCCCUGUUCGUGUUGGCCCAGCUGCUGGUGGGGAUGGGCGCGGCUCCAAUCUACACGCUGGGGCCCACGUACCUGGACGACAACGUGAAACCUGAGAACGUGUCCCUCUACCUGGCGGCGCUCUACGUGAUGGGGGCCCUGGGACCUGCUGCCGGGUACCUGCUCGGGGGGUUCCUCAUCGGGUUCCCCGAGUGGCCGGGGGAGCAGAGCUCCUUGAGCCAGGAUGAUCCUCGCUUCAUUGGAAACUGGUGGGGCGGCUUCCUCCUCUGCUCAAUUGCCAUGCUUCUCGUGGUCGUGCCCAUGUUCGCGUAUCCCAAGCGGCUGCCUCCCCGCGCCUCCAGCAACGCCAAAGGGCCUCCGACGAGUCUCACUUGGCCCGAUGACCUCCGGUGGCGGCAGCAGCAGCAGGCGGCGGGCAAAGUGAACGGGGAGGAGGAGGAGGAGAGGAGGAGGAGGAAGGAGGUGGAGGAGGCUGAGUCGGCCAGCGUCCAGGACUCCGCCGUUUCCUGCACCAGCGUCUGCAGCAUCGCCGUGAGCGUCCCGUCACCCGCCACGGAGGCAGGAGGGCGCGUCCCCCAGCGAACCUCAACGAUGAACUUUGGCGAGGACAUGCGAGAGCUUCCCCGUGCGGCGAUACGCAUCAUGGCCAACAAGCCCUUCCUAUUCGUGAGCCUCUCCUACACGGCCGAGUGCGCCAUCGUCACAGCACUCAUCACCUUCAUCCCCAAGUUCAUCGAGUCUCAGUUCGGAGUCCCUGCUUCCCGAGCCAGCACCUACACCGGACUCGUCAUCGUCCCGGGCGCCGGCGUGGGCCUCCUGCUGGGCGGCUACAUCAUUAAGCGGCUGCAGAUGAGCGCCUGCGAGGCCGCGCGACUCGCCCUCUGCUGCAGCGGCGUCUCCCUCCUCUGCUUCUCCACGCUCUUCAUCGUCGGCUGUGAGAGCAUCAGCCUGGGGGGCAUCAGCAUCCCCUACACCACCGGACCCUCGCUGACCGUGCGACAGCGCAACCUGACGGGCAGUUGCAACGUGCGCUGCGGGUGCCGCGCGGGGAGCUACUCGCCAGUGUGCGGCUCCGACGGGAUCACCUACUUCAGCCCCUGCCUGGCCGGGUGCAGCGGCGUGAUCAACGACACCGCCACGGGCGUGCUGAACUUCACGGAGUGCACGUGCGUGCAGAGCCAAGAGGUGGUGGCGGCGGUGGCCACGGCGGUGGCCACGGCGGCCGUGUCGGCGCCGUCGGGCAGCGGUGCGGUGCCGGGCCUGGCUGGCAUCUUCAUCGUGCGAACGAACCUCCACUCUGCCGGCUUCGCCGCGCCGGGGAAGUGCCGCAAGGAGUGCGGCACGCUCGCCCCGUUCCUCGUCUUCCUCUUCGCGGUGACCCUCAUCACGGUGUGCGCCCAGCCCUCCGCCAUCAUUGUCACACUCCGGUCAUUCCCGGAGCGAGACCGUCCCUUCGCCCUGGGGAUGCAGUUCGUGCUCCUCCGAGCCCUGGCCUACAUCCCGACACCCAUCUACUUUGGCGCGGUCAUCGACACCACGUGCAUGCUGUGGCAAAGCGACUCGUGCGGCGUCGUGGGCUCGUGCCUCGAGUACGACAGCACGGCGCUGCGCUUCGUCUACUUCGGCAUGGCCGCGGGACUCAAGGUGGCCGCCUUCGUCUUCCUCUUCCUCGCCUGGCACCACGUGCGCCGGAGCGCCGACGGGGGCUCGGGGGGGGCGCCCCGUCCCGGCGAAGACAAGAACGGCGUCCGCGUCAACUCCGUGUCGUCGCUCGCCGGCGUCGAACGGACCGUGGCGCCGCCAGUCGGCAGCGCAGUGUCGGCCUCCGACUCGGCCUUCACGGCGGCGUCGCUGGGAUCCGUGGAGGCGGAGACGCAGAUGCGAUCGUCGUCGCGGUCGCUCGGGGAGCCCCGGGCGGGUGGCUACGCGGAGAUGGCCACGGUGGCCACGGCGUCGCGAGCGCGGUCGCUCGCCUGCGUGGCGGACGGGCGCUCCGCUCUGCCGGGGGACGACGGCCGGGCGACGAUUUCCACCAGACUCUAGCGGCUGACGCUCGCUCACUCGCUCGCUCGCACGACGGCUCGCUCGUUCAAUUUGGAGGGGCCGGGGAGAUGGGGCGCAGUGGAUGGGGAUAGACGUCGGAGCUAUGACGGGAGGAUUGUGCGAGGAUUUGAUUUCGGAUUGGGUCGCUGAAAUGAACCCACGGCUCGAGUCGACUCGGCGCUGGCGAGGCGCGUGUCCACGCUGUGUGUCGGUGUGUCUUGUCGCCACAAACUAGUGCAUUUGAAAUGUCCCAUUCACGGUAUCCAUGCCGCAGCCUGCGCCCCCUUGAAAGGCUUUGAUGAGCACGAUCUACGGGUUGAGAACCGCUGGAUUAAGAAGUUGCUUAGGGGUACAACUUCGUUUCGCUUCGGGGUUAGGAUUAUGAUGAGUUUACCGUUGUGGUUAGGGUUGUGGUAAAAGCUAAGCUGUGAAAGUGACAGAUUUAGGGUGUAAGGUUCAUCUCCGAACUAAGUCAGAAAAAGCUUUGUUCUCAAUGUAUCCAAUUUCAUUUAUCUGCAGACGAGUCACUCUGGCUUUGUAUCUCAGAUGUGUUCAAUUCAUCCUGUUAGGAUUAGGUACUUGGAACAUUUGUCCCAGGGUUAUAUUUAAGAUUAGGGUCACAUAUAUGAGGUUAGCAUUCAUAUUAAAUGUGUGCUUAGUAUUAGAUUUAGAAUUAGAUUCACGUUGGGGUUGGAUUCAGGACAGGGACGAUGGCUCUUUAUGGAUAGAGUUAGGGCUGCAGAUGGGGCUACGGAUAACGCCAGGUGGCAGAGUUAGAGCCAGGGCUAGUGUGAGGAUGUUUACAGUCCGAGCUAGGGCAACCUUUGGGUUAGCGGUAAGACAAACGUUACGGAUAGGGGUAAUGAUGACGUCACCCUGCUGCUGCUCUAUAUAGGAACGGGAGACACAGCAGAGCCUCACCAUUCUGGCGAAUUGCCCGAUGAUGCUGGAUGCAAUUACCAGCGAAACGUCGUACUCAAAUUGUAAAUGUUGUGGUUUCACGCUUCAACACACCGGUGGGCUAAAGCAGUGAACUAUUUGUCUUUUGUCAACGUGACACUUUUUUACUGAUUGGCCGUGUCGGGUGGUGGAAGGUUACGACACAUUUAUAAAUAACGCGAUCUAAACCCAAAAACGUUGAUUAUGAAUAAUAUUGGUCGCGAAAGCCUACGUGUUAAACUGAUAGGGGUAGAGUUAAGAGCUAGUUAUGGGGCAUUAUAGCAAGUUGGGGGCUAAAGUUGGCAAUAUAAGUGUCAUGGUCACAAUCUUUGUUUUGUUUAAAUUUCGAGAGAACAUGCUAAAAUUUUAUAACACCCAACUAAAUUUGGGCCAUGUCAUCUCAGCAGCCAUGAUAAAUCUACUGCUGGUUGAAGGCCUCCCCAAACCGCCGGAAACCUCCCAUGAUCUGACGAUGCAAAGAUCAAUCCAGCACGUGCACACUGCCUGAUUUAAUCUGCAUGUGUUAUUGGCAUGUGUAAAAAAAAACAUAGAUUUAUCGGUUCGCUUCCACGCAAUCGGUGUUCAUCGAUGAAACCGAUGCACCUUGCUCCCCCAGUUGUUUCCCCGCUCUGUCUCAUUUCGUGGCUUGCGUUCGCUCCCUUAGCCGAGGAGUAACAUUCGCUGUGUUGUCCACGCGCCGUGUAAAUAAUCGACAGUCCCAUGCGCGACCGAACGCGUGCAUUGAGAGUGGAAGGGGCGACGUUCAUUUCAAGCCCUCGCAGCGUUACUUGCUUUGAUGCUUUGGUGCAUUGCGUGCCAUGGCCCUCUGGAGGCCGGCACCAUGCAAGUGACAUCUCCGAUGGCUUUGGUCCCUUUUGCAUUGCAGGUUCAAUGCUGCCCCCUUGCGCCAGUAGAGAUAGCUGGACCAAGAGGCCUGUGCGUAUCCGACUCACCACGACGCAAUUGCUUAGAGCCCGCUGAAGGCUUAUUAAUUAACUUUUGGUAUCCUCGCCAGUUUUACGAAAUCUUCUUGGUUCUUUCGGUAAAGUCACG